AUGGCAGAAUUUAUAACGUAUCCAGAUAUUGUCAAUGCGUCCAAGACCGUGACGACAUCGCAAGGGUGCUUCGUUGACGGGCUUGGGCGACAGAUUGUGUUGCGCGGCAUCAACUUUGCCGGAGAUGCCAAAAUGCCGACUCGUCCCAAAUACACACCGUCCCAUGCCCCUGAUGACGACGAGUUCUAUGAUGGCGACGCUGUUUCAUUUGUCGGGUCACCGUUUGCUCUCGAUGAGGUUGACGAACAUUUGGACCGUCUGCGAGCAUGGGGGUUCAACACGUUACGAUACAUUUUUACAUGGGAGGCCCUUGAACACCAAGGCCCAGGCAUAUACGACGAAGAGUUUAUCGAAUAUACAAUAGCAAUGCUUUACAAGAUUCGUGCAAAGGGGUUCCGGGUCAUCAUGGACCCACACCAAGACGUUUGGGCCCGUUAUUGCGGUGGGUCGGGAGCGCCCAUGUGGACUCUUUACGCCGCAGGGCUUGACCCCGCAAUGUUCCGUCAAACACAAGCAGCAAUUUUGGAAAGUCACUUUGCCAACCCGGACCGCGAGCGACCCAAAAUGCUCUGGUCGUCCAACUACACCCGGUUAGCAUGCGCAACCAUGUUUACUCUGUUUUUUGGUGGCAGGGACUUUGCGCCUAAAUGCACUCUUAACGGGCAGAAUAUCCAGAAUUAUCUCCAGGACCAUUUCAUUAACGCAGUGUGCUACCUUGCUCACCGCAUCCACAAGUACCACCCACAACUAACGCGUGGAAACUCGACUAUUCUCGGCUGGGAAUCCAUCAAUGAGCCCGGAGAGGGCUAUCUCGGUAUCCGGAACAUCUGCUCCAUUCCAAAACAUCAACAAGUCAAGCUAUUUCAUGCCCCGACUGCCGCGCAGGCCAUGGCGCUCGGGUCUGGAUAUGCUCAAGACAGUAUUGCACACUUUGCCUUUACAACCAUGGGUCCCAGGCAAACAGGGACAGACCGGAUUGACCCAGGUGGUGUUUCUGCGUGGCUUACUCCGGAACGGGCCAAAGAAAUUGAUUCACAUUACGGCUGGACGCGGGGGUCAGAAUGGACAGUUGGCGAGUGCAUUUGGAAAUUGCAUGGAGUCUGGGACUUGUACAAGGGAGCUCCAGUUGUCAAACAAAGCCACUACUUUUCGCAUGACAAAAUGGGCAAACGACUUAACACAAAACGGUUUGUCAAUGCCAACUUUACCGAACAUUGGCUGGACUACUCGCGGGCCUUGCGUAAAAUCAUUAAUGCAGAUACUUUACUUUUUUUGCAGCCUCCAGUUUUGGUUGAGCCUCCAGAAUUACUGGCCCGUGGACUUGUUGACAAGUACACCGUGUACACUCCGCAUUACUACGAUGGGCUUACAUUGAUGCAAAAGCAUUGGAACACCAAGUUUAAUGUUGACGCACUGGGCGUGCUGCGAAGCCGGUACCGCAACCCACCUGUGAUGGCUGUGCGGCUGGGCGAGCGCAACAUUCGAAGCUGUUUUGCGCAGCAAUUGCUGGAGAUGAAGCGUGAGGGCGUGGAUGCACUGGGCCCUGAUGUUCCCAUGUUUAUGUCAGAGAUUGGGAUUCCGUACGAUCUCGACAACAAGCAGGCAUAUCGGACUGGAGAUUUCAGUGCACAAACAAGGGCCCUUGAUGCCAACCAUUUUGCGCUGGAACGAGCAGGAUUGUCAUACUCUUUGUGGGUGUAUUCAGGCCGCAACACUAACAAAUAUGGCGACGGAUGGAACGGCGAAGACUUGUCGGUAUGGUCGCGCGACAAGGUUGUGGGCGGCGAGGUGUACAAUGGCGUGACACACUGCCCUGCAUCAGUUGCUGAAGUUUACGAGGACGGAGCAAAAACACCUGUCGUAGCUGGAACAGAAGCAGAAACAACAACAGCAAUUGAACCAUCGCGCAGUAGGGAUUCUUCAAAGACAUCUUCGUUGACCCGGCGCGCAAGCACGCAAAUCUUUCGACGAGCAUCGGCAGUCCUAUUACCGACAAGCACACCCAUCAAAGGGUUCAAAGGUCCGUUGACAGCAGAGUCUAACUUCCCAUUGUACCGCGAGCAGCAUCACAAGAAUAAGCAUAAACACAAGCAUGACCACAAGGUUGCAGAGCCCAACCAUAAGGAAAAGCACAAGAAUAAGAAUAAAAAGAAGAAGAAGAAGAAAAAGGAAAAGGUUGAGAAUGAUGAGGAGAAAAACAACAAGAACAAGCAUCAUCACCACCAUAAAAUGAUCUUUGUGGCAGCAGACGCUGUGCCAUCGUCAGGAACACGGACACCAGAUACCCCAGGACUUCCGUUGGCGCUUCAGAAAGAUCAGGUGCACGCGGAACUCGAGGCCCAGGCAGUACAACAUCGGGUUGCAGAGCACGAUGCUGUCAAAACACCUACUUCAGGACACAAUAGCCCCCCGACUCCUGGCAGUAUUCGUCGGUCGGCAACGGCUAUUUCAGAAUCCUCGUCUGUUUCGUCGUCGGCCUCAAAUGCCUCUGUGAUGUCGACAUCUGUACUGGAGAUGCGGUCGCCUCGACGAUCACCACGAGACCGGUCACCAAUCAGGUCCGUACACUCGGCAGGUUCUUCUGCGGCAUCAUCGUUCAUUGAGAGUGCUGAAAGUGAUGAUUAUGAUGAUGGAAGCAGUAGCGGUAACGAGGAUGGUGAGGGAGUAGUUGGUGGGCCAAGCACAAGCAACAGUAGCGUGCAAUCAUCGGUAACAGGAUCAUUCAAAACGGCAUUGGAAGACGUCACAGGGCUGGCAACAGACCCAGAAACGGACCUGGAUGAUGAAACAGAGCUAGACCAAAUGUCUGCAAAACAGGCGUUCCAUGACCCGUGUGAUUACCUGGAGGGCGCGCGAGCUCCAGAAGCAUUUAUCCGGCCGUACCCCGUGGCAGUUGCUGGGCGGCUGUGUGCUUAUGGGUUUGACAUGAAAGGUGGGGUACUGACGGUACGUGUGGAAGGUAGUGCUCAGACAGUCCCCUCGAGCGCGGUACGCGGGCUUGCAGCAAAACUGGCACGGGAAGCACGCCAUCAAGACACGCCACCAGACAAACGUGCGGAAAUUGUAGGGAUGUUGAGAAAACAUGCGCGGGCUGAACGCAAGGCAUUGCGCAAAGCUGAGCGUCAGGAGGAACAAGCUGCAAGAUUACGCGAGCGUGAAACAAAGGUACUAUUACGUGCAGCAGCUUCAAGUGGAUCAGUCCCCGCACAUGAGUUUCUCCAGGGCAAUGAUCACGAGGAGGAUAAUGAAGAUGAUUUGGAAGAAGAAUUGGAGGAUGACGACGAAGACGAUGAAUCAGUGUUUGAUUAUUUUUCCACACAAGACGAGGCCACAACCGAUGCACAGUUUGCCGCAUCUCCGUAUAACUCACUCCACCUAGUCCCCACAGUUAUUUUCCUCCCCACGUUCCAUUUCCCCUGUGCAGGCACCGCCGUUGCUGUUUCUGCUGGACUUUGGCGCGUAGACCGCGCAAACCAGUUGCUGUACUGGUGGCACCUGGGUGGACCACAAGAACUCGAAGUCCGAGGUGUUGGAGUCGACCGUACAACAUACAUUGUUAACUCCGUGGCCGCGUUACGUCUCCGUGACCGAGCUGCCUCCCAGGGUCCUAAUGGACGUAACAUGACGCAGGGAAUUCCAGGUGCAUGGACGGUUCCACAGCAGCAGCAACAACAACAGCAACAGCAGUCAGUUCCACCAGGAAGCGCAGGCUCAAGAGAGCGACCUGUGACUACACGGGAACCCUCAUCUGCUUCUGUUGAACCUUCAGCGGCUUCUAAAUCAAGAUCAGCAUUAUCACAGUCGCGAUCGCGAAGCAACGUGCAGCCAGCAGAUUCUGGAUAUGACGGAUCUGCACCAUCAUGCACGGUUUCUUAA